GUGGAACCUGUCCGUCUACUUCACCAGAGACACACGGAGAGACUCAGCCUGAAGUGCAAGACACACAAAGAACAGCGGAGAGCGGAGAGAACAAACACACAUUUACUAGAAACCAGAAAGAAUGCUGGACAGAGCGACAGUCUGGACGUAGACCACCGGACUGGACAUCAAGUAGAUGAAGACAGCACACGGUGUGUUUGUUUACUUGACAGGUGCAUCAGUGUGUUUGAGUUUGAAUGAGGCGUGUGUGUUUCUGAGUACCUUUAAUGGGUAGAAGCAUCCUGGAUAUGGGGGGAUGUCAGAGUUACAGCAGCUCUGAUGAAGAGGAUGUCAGCGCUCUGAAGGCAAACUACACCAAUGUCAGCCUAUUCAGAUUAAAGAAUAAAAGUCUACAUUUAGUCCCAUCUGCUGAGGUCAAACCUUACCUGAAAGAUCACUUCCUGUCCAGACGCAUCACUGAUCUCGACCUUUUGACCCUCUCUGCCCUUCCACACGGCCUCGACCAGCAGGAGUGGAUAGCAACAAACACGGUGUCAUUUUUCCAGCACACUACCCUCUUCUUCAGCGCUCUGUCUGAUUGUUGCUCAAUUACAACGUGUCCAGCAGCCAAAAGCUCAGGAAACCUUUUGUAUGAAUGGACGGACGAUCAGGGGAAGAAACUAAAGUGUUCAGCUCCGAUCUACAUCGACUACGCCUUGUCCUACAUCCAGGAGAUACUCACAGAUGAGCGUGUGUUUCCUACCAAGAGCGGGUCAUCGUUCCCUUCUGGAUUCAUGUUCCUGAUUCAGAAGAUCUUUUUGAUGCUCUUCCGUACGUUGGCUCACCUGUUCAGCAUCCACUACAAAGAAGCCAUCGCUGUGGAGAUACACCCGCACCUCAACACACUCUUCACACACUUCAUCACCUUCAGCCACACAUUCAGACUGCUGGAGCCCUCAGAGACGGCGCCAAUCGAUGAGAUCAUUGCAGUGCUCACAUGCUGACACACAAACACAAGGAAUAUACGUGUAAGCCUGUGAAUCAGAAAAUUCACAAAUGGGACACUCUACAGCUUUGGCACCUAAUGGACACGUGUAAGUGAAGAGCACAAGACUGUAAGUCCACACGUCCAAAUCAAGUGCACUGUUUAGGACAGUUCCUUUUUUGAUCUUACAUGAAGAAUCCCUUUGAUGUUUUGUCCCAGUAGAACUAGAGUGUGUCAAUCAACUUCAGACUGAGCUCUGAUUGGACAGUGCAGCAGGCCCCGCCUAUGAGUAGUUUUUUAGUGCCAACUGUGAACAGUGAGCAAUUUUCUUUUGCCGGGAUGAAAUUCUUAGGAAUCUGGGAGCACUUGGAACUGCAAAUUAUGGCCAAACUAUUGCCAAUUUGUGUGGUUGUCUGCCACAACCAAUGAAAAAAAAGAUACACUGUCAUUUAAAACUUUAAGCUCACUUUUUUUUGCUGAAAGAAAUGAUUACUUCUGUUCAUCAAAGAUGCAUUAAAUUGAUCAAAAGUGAUUCGGUGACAGUAAAUAAAUUUGUGUUACAAAUA